AUGAAUGAUAACCUACAGACCAUAGCCACCAACCUCCGCAGAAAGUUGGGAACUCGAGAACUCGAUGGAUUUGAAAGUCAAGUUGUGGUGGUAGAGGUUCCUAUCUGCCUGGGGUGGAACAAAGACACAGCAACAGGGUCCAUCACAAUGCCCAACAAGUUGUUCACAAGCGCCGAAGAUGCAAUUGAGUUUCUCCGAGCAUCGCUGGAGCACCAUGAAGGAGUGCCUUUGGAAAUUGUCGCGGUUGGAACCAAAGGAGAAUGCUCUGCUGAGUUUGACGUGACUCCUAUUCCCGAUGAACCGGAGCUUGUUGCCGUGGCAAAGAGAUUCAUUGUCAGCAUGGACAGUACAUCACCAAUGGUUACGUGCGGAUUCACAGGCGCCUCCUCGAUCACAGCCGAUGGAAAGACUCUGUUACUCUCGGCGGAUCCUGGGGCGGCUGGUGUCGUCCCCACCAACUUUUUCUACAAUGUGGAGGACAACUGCGCCACCAUUGUGCAAGUGAAUGUCCAGAUUAGCAGCAACGAGUUUGACGAGAAGAAAAGCGCAUUCCUGGCCGAAGUUUUCUCCCCUCAAGGAUAUGGACAAGCAGACCUUUUUGUUGCCGCCGCUUCGUGCAAGAGCGAAACUCGAGCUUCUGAUGGAUCGUUCUGCCAUGCUCCUUCCGGAGUGCAGGAGAGAGUCUACGAUAUUGUAGUAUCGGCCACUGACUCUGCUGGUUUGGUUGGUAGCACUUCAUGCCAUGUUGUGGUUGCACCCGACAUGCCCAGUGGAAAGAGCUCUGUCCGUGGAAUUGGAGACAAUGCUGCGAUGAAAAAGCUGGUCGCCAAGGCAGCUGCUGCCAAGAAAUACAAGGUUGAAUCUCUCUCGAUGUCAGUUGAGAUUGCCCAAAAGUAG